CUUCAAAAACAGGAGAGUAGCGAUGAUUAAUAUGCUACGUUAACAAAUGUUACUGUGCUCUUUGUAUCGGUUGUAGUUUGGAAAUGGGAGGCGUUACUGUCAGUGCAGUCUACAUAUAUGUGGCCCAAUGUGGAUCCCUCUUCACUCAGUGCAGCUCGGAUAAGCCUAAAGGGGAACCAAAGAAGUGCAGCAGAGAUGACUCUCCAUGAUAUGGUGGCUCAGGCAGCCAGCCUGCACUCAGGUAGAAAAGCUGUUUGGUUUGAUGGAUGCAAUGAUGAACCUCCAACUUUCUACACGUAUGCAACAGUGAUUAAACAUGCCACGGAGUUAACAGCUUUCCUUCAAAAGUACUGUGAUCCUCAAGGAAGGUGUGAAAUAGGCCUUUACUGCUGUCCGGGAAUAAACUUACCAUCUUGGAUCUUAGGAAUCCUUCAGGUUCCUGCUGCUUACUGUCCUAUUGAUCCAGAUGCCCCACCACUAUUAUCUACUCACUUCAUGAGGAAGAGCAAUCUUCAAUAUAUUCUAGUUGAGAAUGACAAAAUCAAACAAUUCCAGACAUCCCACGCUGGGUGGUUGUCCUGCAGUUCUUCCACAAUAGAACAUAUUGGUUUAACUCUCUUCCAAGUGAGUCGGAGCAGUACUGAUGUUAAUUUGAAAGCAGACAAUGUGAAAAGUAAAUUAGAGGCUUUCAAAGUUAUGGGUAACUCACAGCUAGGAAAUGCUGUCUGCUCAGAGCAUCUCGAAUUAAAAGCAUCAGAAGAAGGAUACAAGGAUGUUGGCCAGAGAUGCUCUUUAGCAUACGUCUUGCAUACAUCAGGAACUACAGGGACCCCGAAGAUAGUCAGAGUGCCUCAUACAUGUAUAGUGCUCAAUAUUCAGCAUCUUAAAUCAAUUUUUGAGAUCACACAGGAUGAUGUGCUGUUCCUGGCUUCUCCUCUAACAUUUGACCCAUCUGUGGUUGAAUUGUUCAUUGCUUUGACAAGUGGAGCCUCGAUUCUCAUAGUACCAAAUGCUGUUAAAAUGAUGCCUGUGGAGCUGUCUACUGCCCUGUUUAACCAUCACCAUGUGACAGUGUUGCAGGCAACACCAACACUUUUCAGAAGAUUCGGAGCUCACAUUAUUAAAUCAACAGUAUUGUCUGCAGACACUUCACUCCGAGUCUUAGCCCUUGGUGGUGAAGCGUUUCCUGUACUGAAUCUCUGGAAGAGUUGGAAACACAAGGACAACAAAACAAGUAUUUUUAAUCUGUAUGGUAUAACUGAGGUUUCAAGCUGGGCCACUUGCUACAGGAUUCCUGAGGAGGUUUUUAGUGCUGAUUUUAGAACUGAUUUUCCUGUCCCUUUGGGAUCUCCACUCCUUGGAACACUGGUUGAGAUCAGAGAUGCCAAUGGUUCUGCAGUUCUAGAAGGCGAGGGACAAAUAUUUAUAGGUGGUGCAGAACGAAUCUGCUUUCUUGAUGAUGAGAUAAUGGUACCACAGGACACAAUGAGAGAAACAGGGGAUUUUGUACGAGUGCAGAAUGCAGAGAUAUUCUUCUUGGGUCGGAAAGACAAUCAGAUUAAACGUCAUGGCAAACGUUUUAAUAUUGAAUGUUUGCAGCAGGCUGCUGAAGAUCUUUGUCAGGUAGAAGCUUGUGCGGUGACCUGGUAUCAGCAGGAAAAACUUAUCCUAUUUGUGGUUCCCAGGGGUGAUUUACAAGAGAGAGAAACUCUUUGUGAACUCCAGAAACGUCUGCCAACCCAUGGAAUUCCUGAUGAGCUUGUACAGAUUAGAACUUUGCCUUUAACAUCACACGGCAAAGUUGAUAUAUCUGAACUGAACAAGAUUUACCACUACCAUCUAAACUCCAGAAGGCGUGACAGUAAGCUGAGUGGUGCAGAGGAACUGUGGGAAAGAUUGCAGUAUUUAUGGAAGUCCGUUCUGGGUCUCCUAGAUGAUUCAAGUGGAAUUUCUAAAGAUGCGGUAUUUUUGUACAGUGGUGGAGACUCUUUUAAAGCCCUACAAUUCUAUGAUGAAAUUGAGAUGCUAGUAGGCAGAGGUGUGCCUGGGCUCCUUGAAGUUAUUCUCAGCCGUCCAAUUGAGGAGGUUUAUAAGCAUAUUCUUAAAACUCUGUUUCCAGAUGAAGACCAGCUGACAAACGAUGACAAUGUUUUGAAAAGAAAACUGAGUAAAAACAAUGGAGAGGAAAUUCAUGGAAAAUAUGCUAAACUGAAAUCUGAAGGAUAUCUUAGGGCUGCUCCAGGAUUAAUUUCAUUUGUAGCACUGAGCAGAGGAAAUCAUUUUUUAACUAUGCAUUUCACCAAGUCUGUUAUGGAACAGUAUAGUACAGAAAAGGUGGGAGGGGAUGCAGAAAGCAGCCAUUUAACAACAGCAGAGUUGGCAUUACGCACAAGAUGGAAAUCGGAUACAAGAAAAUGUGUUGAUGCAUCACCGUUGAUUGUAAUAUCAUCUAAAGAAGAAGAAACUGCGUCUGUAUUUGUUGGCUCUCACUCUCACACGAUGCAGUCUAUUGAUCUAGAGACAGGAGAAGUAAAAUGGGAAAAGAACCUUGGAGAUCGCAUUGAAUCUUCUGCCUGUGUAUCAAAGUGUGGACAUUUCAUUGUUGUCGGUUGUUAUGAUGGCUUAGUGUACGUGCUCCAAAGCAGUGAUGGAGAAACAUACUGGACCUUUGCCACAGAAGACACUGUGAAAAGCUCUGCAGUGGUAGAUCCUUCCAGUGGACUAGUCUACGUGGGAUCACAUGACCAACAUAUGUAUGCUUUGGAUAUUUAUGAAAAGCUGUGUGUAUGGAAAUUGCAUUGUGAAGGUGGAGCUGUGUUUUCAUCUCCUUGUUUAAGCUCUUUUCCACAUCAUGUUUAUGUUGCUACGCUGGGAGGACUGUUACUGGCUGUCGACCCGGUGACAGGAGAUAAGAUUUGGAAGAGUUUCCUGGGAAAACCACUUUUCUCUUCUCCUCACUGCAACGAGAAGUGUGUUUGUAUCGGAUGUGUGGAUGGAAACUUAUAUUGUUACAAUCAUUCUGGAGAAAAGGUUUGGCAGUUUUCCACGAAUGGACCGGUGUUUUCAUCUCCGUGCAUCUCCAGCUUAACUAAGCAAGAAGUUUUUUUUGGUUCCCAUGAUCACUUUAUCUACUGUUGUAACAUGGAGGGUAAUUUACUGUGGAAAUUCAAAGCCACUUCGAGUGUAUACGGAACGCCAUUUGUUUUCCAAAGCGAUGACUCAAAGAACAAAGUUCUUUUGGCAGCAGUAUCUACAGAUGGCAAAGUGUGGAUCCUGAAUGCCAGGACUGGAACAGCAGAAGGAAUAGAUACGCUUCCAGGAGAGGUUUUCUCAUCACCCGUAGUAUGGGGAACAAAGCUUGUUGUUGGCUGUAGAAAUGAUUAUGUUUAUUGCCUAGAUUUGUACAUAACAGGAAAAAAGGAAUAAGAAGGAUGUUAGACUGCUGCUUUUUAAUUCUUUACAUUUGUAAAUUAAGAUCUUGCAGUUGUUGUCUACCUCACUGCCUAUUUUGCUUUAGGCAAGAGCUGCUUUGUGCAGCUUUCUCAGCAUUUUGCACCACUGCAAAUGCAGGUAAGUGAUGUUUUGUUGACUUGCUGUACUGCCUGAAGGAUGAUCGCUCAGCACUAGCCACAAGUUUCACAGUCCUUCCCUCAUUUCCCAGCUCAGUCUGAUGAAAGUAAGAGUAUUUCAAAUCAUUUGGAUCUGAGUGUUGUACUUUUACCUGUGUGGCAGGAAAAUAAGUCAGUAGCUUGGCUUCAAGUACUUGUACGGCUGGAAGAAACUCUGGUAAGGUGCCACAGUGUACAAUUGGAAUUAGACAUUCUUGUCUCCCAGAGGGAGGAAUGUAUUCCUUUCUAUGAAUGCAGCCUAGCCUGUGCCUGCCUCUUGCAGGCAUCAGACCAGCAUUUGUCUGGUUUGACUGGAAUUCCAUUAGAUGCUAAGGUAGCCAACGUUCUUUGCUAGGUCUAACUUUUAAGCUGAUUUCUGAGGAUGCAGCCUGCAUUCCUUCAGCAAGUUGGGGCCCUCCCUGGCUGGCUUCACUUCAGCUAAGUCUAUGCUUUUCUCUGUGAAAGUCAGUACUAGUCACUUCCUGUAUUCUAAAACAUCUAUAAAUGUCAAUGACAAUUCCCACAUGAGUUCCUAGAUGAGGUGUGUAGUGUUCAAAUCAAUGCUUGCCAAAUGAUUUUUAAAGAAAUUUCAACUAAUGCUAUCUAUAGUGUUUACAGAGUACUAUUCAUAAGGGAUUGUACAGUUGUUUUUUUGUUGUUGUCAUAAACAACACCUUAAAAAAAAUUACUAUCAGUAAUGCAAAGUAAGGAUUUGCAGACAGGAGUACUCUUAACUCAAGAGCAUCUUCCAGAUUAGAAUAGCUUCUAUGGUAGUUCUUUAAGAAGACUAUCAGUCAUCUUUCUCCUUAUGAACCAUCUACUUUGAAUUCUAACAUUCUGAGUUAGCUUAAAAGUAAGUAGAUGUUGCAGAGGUUAUGGUACACAUCUUGUUCAUCCAUUUUAAUGUUAGGAGACAUGCAUGGGCAAGACACUUGUGGCAGUAGAAGUUCUGUUAUAAAGCAAACCUGAAGUACACAGCAAAAAGAGACACAGAAUCAAUAAAUCCCUGAUUAGAUAAUUUUGACUGGGUUAUAGUUUAAUAAGAAUUAAAAUGACAUUAGUUUAAUAAACAAUUGCACUUUAAAACAUUUGAAAAAUUAAAAAAGUACACAACAAAUACCCCACAAUUAUACAUCUUAUAGUUUUUUAUACAUUACUAUAAUAUGAACAUAGAGGUUAAUCAUAUAUAACCUGGUCAGAAGAAAUGCUAUUAAAUUGAGACAAUAUACUACAAGAGUGGUUUGGUUUUUAAAACAUUUUUUGUGUUUUUAAGUCAGAAGUAAUGGUUUGGGUUGGUUGGUUUUUUUUGUUUGUUUUUAACAUUUCCAACGCUUUAUCAGAAACGGCUGCAACAAAGCUAAAGCAAAGUAACACUUCACUCCAUUGGUAUUUAGUGCAAAGUUUUGUUAGUUGAUCAUGAAAUGUCACUGUUGGACAUGUACAUUUUAGAAAUGUUUCCACCAAGAUCUGUACAGAAUACAGGUUCCAUUAUUACACUAGACACCUUUAUGGUUGAAAAAAAAAAAA